GUGUCUCCCUGUUCCCCCGUCCCGGGCUGCCCGGUGCGCGUCCCGCGCUGGGGCCGCCCCGUCCCGCAGGCAGAGCUCCGGGGCUCGGCCGGCAGGUGCCCCCUAGCGCCCCGCCGCUCCCGGUGCGCCGGCCGCAGCGAGGCGGAGGGGAGCUGGGAGCAGCCGCCGCUGCCGGGGCGGGCCGGGGCGCGGAGCCCACCGGGGCGGUGCCCGCGGGGAGCGGCAGGGAGCAGCCCGCAGCGCGGGGAGGGCGUGGCCCGGCGGGGAGGGGCGUGGCCCGGCGGAGGCGUGGCUGCCCCGCGGGUACAUCCGGGCGGCGCGGGCGAACUACGCUUCCCGUCGUGCCUCGCGGGAGGGCGGGGCGGCCCGGCCCGGCCCGGCCCGAGCGCGGCGUCCGCAGCGGCGGCUCUGGCUGUCAGCAGCGCCCGGAGCGGCCAUGGGGCAGCGCGGCCGCCGGGGCUCCUGAGACCCGCCGCGCCCCGGCCCGCCGCGGCCCCGGCGCCGCCAUGGAGCUGGAGCCACCGGCAGAGCUCCCGGAGCCCCUUGCCGCCGCCAAGGGGCCGCCCCACAGCGCUACAGAUGUGGAGCAGAUGAGUUCCUCCUCUCCUGUCCUUCCUAUGAACUCCAUGGGCAAUGAGCGGGUGGAUCAGCGAACCUGCCUGAUCUGCGGGGACAGAGCUACAGGGCUGCACUAUGGGAUCAUCUCCUGCGAGGGCUGCAAGGGGUUCUUCAAAAGGAGCAUCUGCAACAAGCGGGUUUACAGAUGCAGUCGAGACAAGAACUGCGUCAUGUCACGCAAACAGCGCAACAGAUGCCAGUACUGCCGGCUGCUCAAAUGCCUCCAGAUGGGGAUGAACCGAAAAGCAAUCAGAGAGGAUGGCAUGCCAGGAGGCAGAAACAAAAGCAUCGGACCUGUCCAGAUAUCAGAGGAAGAGAUUGAGAGAAUUAUGUCUGGGCAAGAAUUUGAGGGAGAGGCAAACAUGUCAUGGAGCAACAACGGAGACAGUGACCAUAGUUCCCCUGGAAAUGGAGUUUCUGAGAGCAACCAGCCUUCACCUGUUUCUACUCCAUCUUCAAGUAGGUCUGUGGAGCUGAAUGGAUUCGCUGCACUCAGGGAUCAGUAUAUCGGGAUGCCAGUGUCCAUGCACUAUCAGUACCUCCCGCACCUUUGUAGCUAUUCUGCUCACUCGGCUCUGAUGCCCCCUCAAAUGCGCAGCCUGGACCCUCAGUCGCACAGUCUUAUUAAUCAGUUGGUGUCAGCAGAGGACCUGGAGCCGCUCAGCACACCGAUGCUCAUUGAGGACGGGUAUAAAGUGACUCAGGCAGAGCUGUUUGCGCUGCUGUGUCGUCUGGCGGAUGAAUUGCUUUUCAGGCAGAUUGCUUGGAUCAAGAAGCUGCCAUUCUUCUGCGAACUCUCCAUCAAGGACUAUACCUGCCUGCUCAGCUCUACGUGGCAGGAGCUGAUCCUGCUCUCCUCGCUGACUGUUUACAGCAAGCAGAUCUUUGGUGACCUUGCUGAUGUCACCUCCAAGUACUCUCCCUCCGAUGACGAGCUGCACAGAUUCAGUGAAGAGGGGAUGGAGGUGAUGGAGCGGUUGAUCUACCUCUUUCGCAAAUUUAACCAGUUGAAGGUCAGCAAUGAGGAGUAUGCCUGUAUGAAAGCCAUUAACUUCCUAAAUCAAGACAUCAGGGGUCUGACUAAUGCAUCCCAACUGGAGCAGCUGAAUAAGCGGUAUUGGUAUGUUUGCCAGGACUUCACAGAGUACAAAUAUCCACAACAGCCAAACCGUUUUCCGGAUUUAAUGAUGUGUUUGCCAGAGAUACGAUACAUUGCAGGAAAAAUGGUGAGCGUCCCCCUGGAGCAGCUGCCUCUCCUUUUUAAGGCCGUUCUACAUUCCUGCAAGACAAGUGUGAGCAAAGAGUGAGCCCAGCUCGCCCUGGCCAGUGCCUUAUGCUGUGCCUCAGGCAGGGAGCUGGCUCACCCCGGGAGAGGGGCAAACGCGAUCCGGGCAGGAGACAGGGCAGUGGGUGUCCCUGCCAUUGUAGCAAGAAUCUUUUUUGUUUGUUUUUGGUUUUUUACUCUUUUUCCUAUAUAUUUAUUUCACGACAGAGUUGAAUGUAUGAUCUUCAACACGAUGCACAUGGUUCUGUAUGAAUGCAGCAGAUGCAUUCUCCAGCAGUUUACAGAAUGUGAAGAUGUUUAAUGUUACAGUGUUUGUUAGGGUUAGUUCUUUUGUAUUUGGGGGCUGGGGACCGAGAUGACUAAGACUACCUCAAGGAGAAGAUGCUGUUCGCGCACUGCUCUUUCCAUGAUUUGUAUCCAAAAGCGUUUGUCGUAGAGAGCAAACGGCCUCACCUCAUCGACAGAGCUGUUAGUAUCCCAAAUGGAUGAUUUUGGAGAAGCGGGUGUUAGAGAAGUGCCAAGCUUUUUUUCUUUAAUUAUAAUAAUAAUUCUAAAAAGGCAGGGAGUGGAGAAGAAGGAAAAGUCUGUCUAGCCAGCUGGUUUCUUUUUCCCUGACAGUUUUCAGACGCAGGUGGUAGCUCCUGUGGUUUCCCUGCAUCCUGCCCCAGCAGCAUCAUAGUGCUCCCAAGCUGUGGGGGUCCUGCGGCCCCUGUCCCCUCCUGGAGGCUGCAGGAGCGGGCUCUGCCCCCAGCCCCAGCUUGACCAGCUGUCCCCUUGCUAUUACUGCAGCACCUUUCCAUUUGAUUGAAAUUGCAUUGCUGCAGUUUGUGGCAGGCUCAUGGCGUUACACAAAGCUACUCUUGUUGCUAGAGAACUGCAAGUAAUUUCUCAUCACCUCCUAAACAUCCAUUUUAGGCUCACGAAAGCAGGAAAGACCUACUUAGAGAAGAGGCAGGAUUGCCCCUUUCACUGUGUUCCUCCAAGGUGGUAUCUGACCGCUGAGGAGGCUUCUGCAUCGCAGCGAUCCCAAGCAGCCCAUUUCUGGGAACAGUUAGCAUACCCUGUGGUUAAAUGUGACCUGUGUAACAGAGUAAGGGACUCCAGUGUCCUCUGGUGUGGCUUUCUUUGCUGGACUCGGGGAAUGGGUGAUCCAUAGUCAUAUCCUGCCGGGACUGUUCUGCUGCUUGGGGAAGCCCUCCUUACCAGGAAAAGUAGUAUUAAUGCAGUACUUGGUACUGGUCUGUCCUAGGUGUUGCAAGGCUUGAAUUUUCCAUCCAGCAGCCUCCACACCACUCCACUGCAGGGAGAACUGGUUUAGCGGCAACUGGUUAGCUCUUUGAGCAAUUGCUAAGUGCUGGUGUUUAUCUAAACUUGGGCAUUCUCACGAGUUAACCUCACAGGUUCCUGCUCACGGUAGCGGUGGGGAGGUUGCAUGAGAUGCUCUUGCUCUCAUCUCCUUCGUUAAGAGUUAGUGUCGGAUGACUCAGUCGCUGUCCUAGGCAGCUGUGUCACCCUGGCUGGAUUUCCUUCCCUGUGUCCUUAGGUGUGAAUCUGAUGGUUAGGUAGCAAGAGGGUUCAUCAACAAAUGUUUGAAUGCUGUUUGGAAAAUGUUUUGGGAAGCAACUUCUAUUCCUUCAGGGCAGGAGGGACCAGUUGCUACCUUUUUGUCUGGCUGUGAUGACAGCUGUGUGGCACAAAGCGAGUACUGCUCAGAGGUGCUGAAGCUGCUGAGAUGAAUGUGGUGGUGGACAGGAGAAAAAUCUCAUUCACCAAAGCUGUCUUUCCUUCCCCUUCACCCCGCGGGUGCUCCCUCCGUCGCAGCCCAAGAACUGCUCUGACCCACUGGCUUGGCACAUCUCUCGGUUAGUCAGCGGCUGCGCCGGGUGCUGGUGACCGCGGCCGGACCUCUCCCUGGAGACCCGCUGCUGGCUGACCGUGCCCCCACGGUGGCAUCGCCGCCUUUGCAAUCCCACUUGGGCAUCUUCCAGCUUGACGGUUUCCCUUUUCUAAGAGUCCACUAGCUGCUCAUUUUUCAUUAUUUAAAUAGGAUGUUACGGGUAACAGCUGCUGGGCCCAGCAGCAGUUCAGCUUGAUAGAGCUUCACAAUCCAAAGGCAGUUCCGUAAAUCUCAUUUACUUUCCGACUGUAAAAUGAGACAAGCGCGUAUUUCUCAGGAAAGCCUUCUGCAUACAGCCUAUACCUCAAGUGUAAAUGGGAAGAUUUUAGUAUAUCUGCUUGUAAGUUAGAAAGUAUUUCUCAGCUUUUAAGUUUGAUUUCCAAAUAGCUUGAUAUGAUCUUUUUAUUACGGGUUAUCUUCUGGCUUGCUGUUUUAUACACUAAAGAAACUGUUAAAAUUGCAUAGGAGUAAUUUUAUUCUACGGUUACUGAAUUAUUAUGAUCUGUUGAUGAAUAAGAGUUUGUUUUAAUUAGUGUACGUAAAAGUGGUCAUCUUAUUGCCAAAUACACAACAAAAAUAAUUUGUUAGGUAUUCUGUGUUUAUCCAAUAUAAGACUCCCAAAACUAUUGCUGUACUGACAACAACGAAACACCUAAAUUCAUUUAUGAUGAUGAAUGGACGAGAAUGUUCUGCUUUCUGUUGUAUAAAGCAAACUUUACAAAGGUUGAUUGGCAGCAGUAUCCAUUACCAAAUAACCCAUUUGUUGUAGGGAGUAGAAAAGCCUUACUAAACUGACAAGUAAGGAAGAAUAUUCCGAACCAGAAUCUAGCUCACUGGACAGUCAUUCUUAAUAUCUUCUGCACCAAGUCCUCUAAUGACUUGUAUUUUUUAAACAGGGUAAAGUGAAUGUGUUGCAUUGCAAACUCAGGUAUUAUGAGGAGGUAGAGAUGUAGCUAGAGACGUAGAGACGUUAGGUCAGUCACUAGAUGUAUUUGUGAAUUUGGUUUGAAGGACACCCUGGAAAGGCUGGAAUUUUUGUUCCAUUCUUCACGUAACAUUCGGUUUACAGGGACUCAUAUUUUAUUUGUGCUUAAUGCUAGUAGGGGGAAGUUCAUUAUCUUUGAUAUCUAUCUGCUCUUGCUUAUCUGACCUUCUGUCAUAGAGGAAUCAAUCAACAAUAAUAGUCUUUGGUAGAAUUUUCUGCCAUGACAAGUCAAUUUUUAUCCCCGAUUUGAAAGAUAAAUUGGCUGACUGACCCCCUUCCUCUCCUUCAUAGCAUUUGUGCAGAUGGAAAGCUGAAGAGUUAGUUUUAAUCCGAACAGAGAUUCGGGACAUAAAUUUGAAGUGUUCAGGCUCACGUACUCAGAGGGACUCUGCCGAGGUGUCCUAGUUGCCAUUUUACAGCUCGAAGCUGGUCACCCAGCACAGAGAACAGGGCAGAAAUUGCUGCUGCCGGGGCUGAGUCCCAGAGUGGCAAGACCCCAGGACCUGAACAAAGGCUUUUUGAAAGCGACUGGGUUUUCUUCCACUGCCUGCCUUUGGCUCGGGCUUCUGUCCUGUGAGCUGAGCCUUGACCCCACUGUGUGCGGCAGUAGCAAGUCCUUGUCCUCGGCAUGCCUGGCCCCUCAAGAGGGCUGGGGGUGGAGGGACGACCAGGGCGCUCAGAGCGGCCGGGUACCACACAACUGAUGGGCCCUAGGCAUGGCACAAUCGAUGCAGCAGGAGCUCUCUCUCCAGCUGUUUUGCAUACGCAUUAGCUACUUUCUAAUUGUUAGCGGUGCCGGUAGCGUUUGUCGUUCCCAUUCUCAUCUCAUGCCUGCUAGUCCACAGUGCUGUGCAGAGGCACUGCAUGCUUUGGGUCAUUGAGGUGCAGCUCUGGAUUUUCCUGUAAUUCUUAAAUCCUGAGCUUUUGCUGUCUCCCGUCACGCGAAGACCAAAGGGGGAACGUGGCGUUUUCAGGGUGAUCAGUGCAAAGCGGUCAGUCAGAUUGCCAGCUGCAGGGCGACCUGUGCCGGCGAGCUGCUGCCCCAGUGACACCUGUGUUCCUCGUGCUGCGGUGUUGCUUUGAGUGAGCCAGAGCAGGCAGUGCCAGCACAGCGAGCAGGGCUCCCGGGCGCUCUGGCAGGGCUGCUCUCACUCGCCGUAGGUGGUCUGGGUGGCCGUGCCCCCACCCUGCAGUUGCCAUGCAGAGCCUCGAGCUCCCAUCGAGUGCCACUGGCUGCCCGUCUCACUCUGCCGCGCACGGCAGGAUCGGCCCCUGCUCUUCAGGCUUCCGCACAGAACCGCAGCCACCUCAGGUUAAGGAGUUUGUCUUGUCCUUCAAACCAACCUUUUUUUAAAAAAAACUUGAAUUUCUUUUCUCUUUACUAUGUUUUUUGAAAUGGGGAAAAAAAAAAAAAAAGAUUCUCCUGUGAAUGUGCUAUUUACCGUUCAUUCCUUCUGCUUUCUUGGUUUUGAUUUGAAGCUAUGAAGCUUGGUGUCUGUGAAAAUGUUGUUAUUUCUCAGGAUAAUAAGCGGCAAUCAUCCCUGCCACAUAAAAGGCAGGAGAAAGGGGGAAACUUGGGGAACUAGUUUAAGUAUGAAGCUAAUUUUUAAGUUGUAGAUGAUGUGUAAAUCGAGGGUAAUACAUAGGAUGUCAGUAUCAAGCUGUGGUGUUUCUCUGGGUUCACGGUGUGUUGUUUGCAAUGCACAGAAGCUCAGGGAUAAGUAUUUAAAAUGUGACCCAGAGAAACCCUAGUUUUGAUGUUGCAACAGUUGCUUUCUUUCACGACUUGUGUGGAGGGCCCAUGGAACGCUGAAUAAAGCCCCAUAUGGAGAUCUGGGGGGGGGGAGACUUUUGGUUUGGCUUGUGGGAAGUUUGCCUACUGAAGGCUUAGAUGUUGUGUAAUGGGAGAAGCAUCCCAAAGGUGCAUGCUGCCAUUUGGGCUCUGGGCGAGCAGACAGGAGGGUCUGGGCAGGGCUGCAGGGGGGGACCUGGCUCUCAGGCUGCAGCCCCCCACCACGCGGUGCCCAGCCUCCCCCCUGGUGCUGUUGGGUGGGGAAAUGGUGAAGUGUAAAUGCCAUCGGUUUUGGUAUCCUCACGCUUUCGUUGAAGGCGCAUCAGCUCCUAGGGCUGGGAGAAGUUUGUAUUUCCACAUUACCUCAUCCUUCAGCCUUUGGUGUUAAAUGUGUUUGAGUGCUUGUGGAAAAGGGGAAAAUGGGAAUUUCUCUGUAUCUCCCUGGCAGCCACUCCCAGUGUUCUGUGCUCUGUUGGUUAUGAAUUAGAGCAUCUUAAUUUCUGGUCAGUACAUAUUUCUCAUCAUGGGUUGGUAAGGCAGUAGACUCACUCCGACUGCUUGAGAAAGGUACUGAUGUGUGAAACCAGCGCAGUUACAGCUGCCAGGAGUAUCCAAAAGGCCCCGUCUGGCCCGAUGCAGCCGCCGGCAGUGCCAGCACUGGGCAAGAGUCAGCAAAUUUUGCAGGGCUGAAACCCGCCUUCCCAGCACUCUCACUGGGCAGGAUCUACAAAUCUGGGUGUAAACCAGCCCUGCAAAAUGCUGGUGAGGCCAAUCCAGGAGACAUCUUCCCCUUGAAAAAAAAAAGAAAAAAAUUUUAAAAGAGCUCCUGUGCAGCUGAUCUCUAACAAGUCUAUGAAAGAAGCAACAUGGUUCAGUGGAAGAAAUGCCCCCAAGGGCAAAAAGAAACAGAAAUUGAAACCAGAUGACGAUCAACCUUAACAAAGCCUUUUGUGAUUCAUUGUUUUCUUUCAAUUUAUAAAAUGUCUUGUAAUAGUUGAUAACAUUAUUGACUCAAUUUCCAUAACUAAACUACCUCGUGUGACAUCCUGUUUAUCAUCUCAAAAGGGAUUGUGUGAAAAACAAAAUACUGCCAGUGUUUGUUGCCAGCGAAGAAGAGGGGCUGUGAUGGCUGGAGUUUUGUUUCCCUUCCCAUGGGUUGUGGCUUGUUGCUGCCGCAGUGUUUCAACCUGCGGGUGACGGUUUUGACUUUGCAUCCCACCUGGCUGCCCGGGAAGGCGUUAGGCUGUGCACACCAUGCUCUUGCCCAGCACCGAUGUGCCGUGGCAGUGACCACUAAUGCACCAAGCCGCUGUCGGCAGUGUGGGCGAUGUCCUGCGGCUGCAGCCGCCUGUCCCCGCACGGUGAGGCAGAGGCUGUGGUGCUGCAGGGGAAGGCUGAGCUCUGGCUUCUCUCCUGCUGGAGCGCAGCCCCCGCCUGCAGCCACAGGGCAGGAUGUGGCUCUGGCCAGUUUGGUUUUUGUUGGUGCCCAUCAAGCCACGGGCCCGGUUCUGGCUCUGUCCUGGUGCAGAUGUGGUGCAGAGGCUGUAUUUGUAGCCCAGGACCUUGCAGAGCCCUCACACAUAUGUCCUGGGUGUAAGUGUGCUGGGCAGCUCAAGGAGGGAGCAGGUCCAGUUUGCUGCUGUGUCUUGUGCUGGCCCAUCGCUGUUUUGCGGGAUGUUUCCAAGAUGGGUUGGACCCCGUCUUCGGGUCCUUCCGCUGAUGUUCUGGUGAUGGUUUCUCCCAGCAAAACACUUCAUUUUUCCCACAAUCCCUUGUGUAAAUCAGGGAAGCAGGAUGUUGCCUCGGCAUGACACAUGGUGAACGUUGGCACGCUCAGAGCUGGGGCUGGGGCAGGACAGUGUAUCUGGCCACUGCUGCCCUCGCCCCGCAGCGCCCAAGGAGGAGUGGGCACCGUGCUGCGCCUCUCGGGAGCUGCCUUUCCGUCACUACGCUACGACCAAAUGAAUGUUUCUACUGGCAUGUCUCGGGCGCACCGUGGCACAGCCAGUCCCCCUUGCGUGGCGGGACCGGCACGGGUCCGUGGCAGCCCAACCUGCCCCUGCUCCGCUGCUCUGCUCUGUGACUUGACUACCUGUGGAAAUGUGACCAAUAAGUGUUGAACGCAUGUGUAGCGAGUGUUAGCUGUAUGAACUAAUAAAUGUGAAUUGUUCUGCA